AAGAAAGAAAGGAAACCAUGUCCAAUAAUAUGAUCACCACAACAACUGCUGCAUCAAUGGAAGCAAGUGGUGCUGCUUCAUCAACUCAAGUUCUCAAAAGGAAGAGAAAUCUCCCAGGAAACCCAGACCCAGAUGCAGAAGUGAUAGCACUAUCACCAAAAACCCUCAUGGCAACAAACAGGUUUGUGUGUGAGAUAUGCAACAAGGGAUUCCAAAGAGACCAGAACCUGCAACUCCACAGAAGAGGUCACAACCUGCCAUGGAAACUCAAGCAAAGACCAACAAACAAAGAGGUGAAGAAGAAGGUGUACAUAUGCCCAGAAGUCUCUUGCAUCCACCAUGACCCAUCUAGAGCUCUUGGAGAUCUCACUGGGAUUAAGAAACACUACAGCAGGAAACAUGGUGAGAAGAAGUGGAAAUGUGACAAGUGUUCCAAAAAAUAUGCUGUUCAAUCUGAUUGGAAAGCUCACACAAAGAUUUGUGGCACAAGAGAGUAUAGAUGUGAUUGUGGGACUUUGUUCUCAAGAAGAGAUAGUUUCAUAACUCACAGAGCCUUUUGUGAUGCAUUGGCUGAAGAGAGUGCAAGAUCAAUACCAUCUUCUUCUUCUACUGCUGCUUCUGCUUCUGCUACUCAUACUCAUACUACUACUAGUGCUAGUGCUAGUGCUAGUGCUGCAAAUGCUUGCCAACAAGUUGGUUUUGGUAACCAAGUGGAGUAUUUUCAUGAGUAUUCAUAUGAGAAUAAUAAGCACUUGGGAAAAGCUGCAGGUUCUGGGCAUUUGUCAGCUACUGCAUUGCUGCAAAAAGCUGCAGAAAUGGGGGCAGGCAGUGGGAGGACACAAGAAAGUACUUUGAUGGCUGGUCAUACAUCUUGCAGUGGUUUGUCUGUUGCAGGGGUUUGAUGGAUCAUUUGAGGG